UAUUCGAUUGGUUUGCAUUUGCGGUUAACGCAAAUAAGUGUGUUAAAAGGUGGAAAAUUUCUGGAUUAACUUUUAUCAAACACUUGUAAUGUAAUUGUGCGGAAAUAUGGGGCAGUCGUAAUAAAUUUAAAAAAAUGACAAGAAUUGAAUGGGCGGAUGGAUGGUCGGAAGAGAUGCUUAUGCGCAUCUAUAGUGGAUGAAAGGCAAAAGAAGGAGAAACAAACGUUCUUCAUUUUUAGCUUUUCUUUUUGUUUGACAUCCCACAACCUUAAACCGAUUUAUCUGUAACCACCCACGUUCUUCAUUUUUAGCUUAUUUCAUUUCGUAAAUCCUUUCGAUCCCAUAUACUUGCUUGGUAUAAAGUAUUUCAUUCAAUUUCUUGAAUCAAUCUAGUCUAGAUAUAUAUAACAGUUGUAAAAUUAAGUGUAAUUAAAGGAAGAAACGAACGAACAUCAUCAGAUCAGAAUAUCAGAUCAAUUCAAUAAGAGAAGAUGACGGAUCAAGGGUCGUUCUUGAACCGCAUAAGCAUCCGUCGCAACCAGGUGUCUUCCAUGGAAACCAACAACCCCCAUGACCAAGAGCUCGAGGACCUCGAGUUCUUCCAGAAACACGUCGCCGACCGCUUCUCCGAGCUCCUUCCCGCUGACCCCGCCACCGACUCCGACUACGCGCCUCUCCUCUCCGUCUCCUGGUUCCGGAAGCUUCUAGACGCGUUCGUCCUCUGCGAAGCCGAGUUUAAGGCCGUCGUUCUCAUCGGGCGCGACCCCUCGCAGUUCUCCAAGCCCCCGCUCGAUCGCCUCAUCCCCGAUCUCCUUGACCGCUCUGUCAAGGCCCUCGACGUCUGUAACGCCGUCAGCCACGGCGUUGAGCUUCUCAGGCAUUGGCAGAAGCUCGCCCGAAUCGCUGUAACCUCUCUCGAGCAGAAGCCGUUAGGGGAUGGACAGGUCAGCCGCGCCAAAAAGGCCUUGAAUACCUUGCUGACCUCGAUGGCGCUCGACGACAGGGAGAACAAUCACGGGAAGCUGUCGGAGAGGAGCUGGUCGUUCGGUCGCCGAAGCAGCGGCGCUGCAGCAAGCAGCAAGGACAAAGCGGAGGGCAGUUUCCGGUCGUUGUCGUGGUCCGUGGCGAAGUCUUGGUCCGCGGCAAAGCAGAUACAAGCCAUGUCAUCCAAUCUGGCAGCGCCGCGUGGUGGGGAGACCACCGGGCUGCCCGUCUACAUCAUGAGCACAGUGUUGCUGUUUGUGAUGUGGGCUUUGGUGGCCGCGAUUCCGUGUCAGGAGAGGAACGGGCUAUCAGCCCAUUUUCCUGUGCCGAGACAGACGACGUGGGGCCAAGCCUUAAUUGGGCUUCACGAAAAGAUAGCGGAGGAGUGGAAGAAGAAGGAAAAGAAAGGCACGUCCGGGUUGUUAGAGGAGGUACAGAGGAUGGAGAAGGUGGCGCAGUCGCUGGUGGAGUUCGCGCAGUCAUUUCAGUUCCCAUUGGAGGACGAGAAGGUGGAGGACGUGGCGGUGCAGGUAGCGGAGCUGGCUGAUAUCUGCCAAAAAAUGGAGGACGGGCUCGUUCCAUUGCAACAACAGGUGAGAGAGGUGUUUCACAGGAUCGUGAGGAGCAGGGCUGAAGUGCUUGAUGUUUUGGACCAAGUUGGCAAAAUGUCCUCACCCGUUCUAUAUUGACCACACUCGCUGUCUUUAAUUCAUUUUUCAUCCUACAAAUUUUCUGGUUUUUUGUUACACAGGAAUGAAGUUUCGCUUCAUUUGUUUUUUAUCCUUUCAUCCAUGUAGUAUUUUUUGAGAAUGGACUUAAACUAUGAUGGAUUACGAGCAAGUAUAUACUUCUAUGGUCAAUAAAAGGGACACUGUAGAUAUUGAUAUGCCGUAAAUAUUCAUGAUUUUUGUCACAUAUGGAUGUUUUUAAAUACUACUCCAUACAAGUAUAUAUGUAUUUUC